GAAAGCCUUAUAUUUUACCUUAAGGUUUUACCUGUGAUUAUUAUUUAAGUUGGCAUAUACUGUACUUAAUAACACAUUAAUCCAGCAAAGGUCUGACCUGCAAUCAAGUUACUCUUCGCCUUGGUUGGGUUCCAGAAGCGUGCCCAAACACCUUCUUGAAGGGAUGUCCAGCAGGAAGCGGAAACCUAACUGGACAGACCAGGAGUGUCUUCUUCUUGCUCAGUUAUUGCAGGAGAGGAAAGAAAUAAUCAGAGGGAAGUGCGGCAUCAGAGUUUCAAUACAGGAGAAAAGAGAAGCCUGGGAGGAAGUAGCCCAAUCCAUGAACAAUGUCUUUCCACAGAUUCAUAGGACAGUUUAUGACUGUAACAAAAAGUGGGAAAAUCUACAGGCAAAGUCUAAAGUGGAGAUCAAACGACAGAAAAGGCCAGCGGGUACAGGCCUGUCCGUUGACCAGCUCACUACUGUGACUCAAGUAGUGAUUUCUGUGAUGGACAUCUCAGAAAUGCUGCAAAACAAUAGAGAAGAAUCUUCAAGCUCAGGGUGGCUGGAGUCUCUAAAAAACAGCAGUGAUGAAGAUCGAAAGGACCAGAGAAUAGAUGAAAAAUUCUCAAAUAAGCAUCCAUUGAGAGAGUUUGAGCUCCCCACAUAUUCUCCAACAGAACAUAAAAUGACAGAUUUUGCUAACAACUCAAAAUCACUUGCGGUGCAUUUUAACACUCAUCGUGCUGAUGGCUUUACCGCUUCUGCAGAACCUGUAGAAACUCUCUACUCAUCUCCUCCACCUGCAGUGAACUGCACAGCCUUACAAGAGCGAAUGGAUUUGGAAAUGUCUGUGCUAAGAAGAAAAGAGGCUGUCCUUAAGCUGCAAGAGGAAUAUUACACACUGAAAAUUAAGCUGAUGAAAAAGCAAAUGGAACAGCCUCCUUCAAAGGACUGAAGUCCUUGACCUGUUGUACCUGCAGGACAUACAGAUGCGUCAAAGAUGGUCUAAAUAACAAGUCUGAAUAUAAUCAAUAUUGCCCAAGAAUAAAGUUCACAAAUGUGUGUUUUUAAGAGGCCUGCUAAGUAUUGCUCCUUUCAGGAAGUUCCUUUCCAUGUGGUUAGAAACCCACUGUUUGCUUAAAAAUAUUCCAGUGUACUUCAAGUACUUAGGGCAGGGUUAUAUUGCUAAGACACACACUAUAUUUUAGAAUAUAACCAUGGUUUACGGAGAACCAAUGACACCUCAAUAAAGGUUCACACAACCGUAUUUAUUUUAACUGCCGAAUUAAAGCUGUAAAAUUUUAAAUUCUCGAAAAAGUUUGAAGUAAGUGUAAAUGAGUUUGUUUUAUCUGGCAUGGAAAUCUAACUCGUGUAUAGUUUUACACUGAGAAAUGUAGCUUAUUUACAGAUUCAUGCCAUUUAGUCCUAAGUGCAAAUUUGGAAGCUGUUAAUGUUUGACAUGUACCAAUAUACAUAUUUGUUUAAAAAAACAGAACUCGGUCAUGCCAGUGUAAGUAAAGUUAAAAUAAUGUCCUGUCUAGACAAAUGUAGUAAUUUGUGCGUAAUAUUUCUCAUAAAUCCAUUUAUUUGUAAGUGACAGGAGUUGGCACCCAGAUGUGAGCAGAUGUGAGAAUAAAAGUCUGUU